GUCAACUCUAUUCAUGCAGUAGAUUUUCCUUCGAAAUUUGAUCAUGCGAGUUCUUAUUUCUUUCUCCAUAGUGAAAUAUCCAGGGUAAGAAGCACGUACAUACACAAUCAGUACACCAUGCCAUGCCAUGACAUGCCGUGCCAUAGUACAGAAGCGGCUAAGCUUCAAGGAUCUCUAUGACAUUCAAGCAUCACCAACGUUUGAAGAGCCACUCCGGGAGACAUAUUUAGUGCGUGUUGAUUGCAUUAUACCUAGAUGGAUAGUAAGAGCAGGUUGCCUUGAAAGGAUGACUCUCAUGCUCUUGCUUUUCGCUGCAGCCUCGGUCGGGCUCACGAUCUCCCGCAGCGACAUAUUCCAUGUGAUGAGACGUACACCGUAUUUCUCAUCCUUCAGAGUAUCUGAGAUUGUGUCCGCCCUGCAUUCCUCUCCAAUCAUUUUAAAGGCGUUCAUGCGGAGAGAUGACCCGAUGUGUUGCCAAGUUUCCGAACCGCUCUCUCAGCAUGUAAUCAAGUCGCCCCAUAAAUGAUCGUGCACCCAAAUCCUCGCUCACAACGCGAAACCGGACGUCGAACCCAUCGAGGAAGGUAUUGCCAGUGAGAUACCGACAAAAAGGUACCGCUGUGA